GGUUAAAGCUCCGACCUCGUACCACCACACAACAUCCUAGACGGGCACAGCUGCGCUAAAAGGUGCGCUAGCGAACCAUCAGGUCCAUCUUGGGAGGCGAUGAAGCAAACGGAACAUCACAAGUUCCAAACCACCAGUUCGGUCCACAACGAGAAGCUGGAGCUUCUCGCUCAUCGAGAGUCUUCGCCUUCAAGUGCUCCCCUCUCGACAUCAGCUGAGUUUUUGGGAUUCCUUUCAGGAUCCCAACUUUGGCGAAACGCAUUGUAAGGCAGGCGCUGCGAUGGCAGCCGCCUUCAUGUAUCCGCCUUGUUCCCUCCGCUCAACGUGGGGCUCGAUUCAUAGGAGUUGUAAUUGUGAUGCCGUUGUACCAGGUGGUGAGAUACGAGGUGGGAAACAAUCCACGUCCUUCUCAAGGAAAUUUAGUUGUGCCCCUAAGAAACUUAGACCCUAUCUUCUUUGCAAGGAAUUAGAAAGAUGUCGGCAGACAUGGGUUUGUAGCGCACGAUUUGAUUUUCGUGGAAAUAGCGCAGAGCAGGCAAAGGAGGAAGAUGCGUCUACGCUCGCGGAGAUGUCCACUCUCAUUGACGAUCUCUUCAAGCUCAAUGAAUUGGUGAACGAAUCUAACAAAGGAAUUGGCGCUGAUGUGCGAACUAGAGUGGACGUUUUGUACAACCGUGCCACAUUGCUCAAAUAUUCGGCAGACCGUAUGGUUGCUGGCGGUGGUCGCGUUCCUUUGCAGCUCACUGCAACUCUGAAGGGUUUGCAAAGGGAGCAUGCCUCCGUGGAAAAUAUUGUUCGACUUGCGAUGGAGGCCGGACCAGUUCUCACUGAUACCGAAGACCCACCUAGCAAGGUGAACCCCUUCUCAAAGGAAGUGGAAGUCGAGCCAACAAUAAAUGCAGUACCUAGUGAUGAUCAGAACCAAACUUUGGACAUUGUUGUGAAAGAGAAGGAAGAAGAAAAAGCAGCUUUAUUCGAGUCACUCACUCGACAAAGUUCUCUGAAAGCAGCGCUUAAGCCUACAACGUCUGCGACAGGAAAUUAUGCCAUGAGUACACCGGCAGCUGAAGAUUCUUCACCACUUGCAGCGUUUCGGAAGGAGAUAGAGCGACGGGUUAUGGAACAGCUUGCUGGGAAUAAGGUGUCAACGACGGACCCAAGUGUUCCUGAGAAAGAGGAGGACAAAGCAUCGACUGAAGGAGAUGCAACGCCACAGAACAAUAGUGUUUUUGGACUGCUUCAGAACCUCCCAUUGAGAGGACGGCUGCCACGGAGGCGUGCUAAGGGAGCAACAAAGAACGAACUAAAAUCAGUCGAAACGGAUAGUGGUGAGGUUGAGGAAGCUCAACUUCAGACAUCGGAGGCAACAGAAACCUCGAGCAGUGUGGCAGAUGUAGAGCAGGAGCCAAGCGCAGUGGACACAGAAACUAACUCGAGGGAGUUAGAUAAGUUGAAAGGUGAUCUGGUAGUUCUUGAGCAGCAGUUGGCGGAUGCUAAAGAAGGUUCAACUAGGGCAGAGAAAGCGGAGGCACAAUUGCAGCAGUUGUCACAGGAGAUGGAGGCGACUGUGCCCUUGGACUUCCAUGAGAAAGCGGUUAGGGUGGAAAGACAGUCACUAUUGGCGGCCCGAACAAAGAUUGAACAAGUUACCGCUGAGCUAAAAGAGAAGGAAUCCAUUUUGAGUGCUAUAAAGCAAGAUAUGACCGCUGAGCAGGAUAAACUUCUGACCAAGGUGAAGGAGUUGUCUGGUGAACUCUCUAAGCGAGUAAGUGUGAAGGAAAUUGAGGCUGCUGUGAAUAGCGCUGUGCGCGAGUUGGAGGAGGAAUUGAGAAAUGCUUUAAAGAGAGCCGAAUCCUUGAAACUCGAGUUGGAGACAAAUGAAAAAUUACUAAAGAAACUCCAAAAAGAAUGGGUUGUGGAAAGAACUAGUUUACGUGGGGAGAUUGCGAAUGUAAAGGAGAAGUUGACAACCCUGCAGACGGAAAAGGCUGCAGACAGGGCCAAACUGGAUGAAGCAUUAGAUAAGGUGAAAGGAUUGGAGGGCUUAGUGGCCAAGUUGCAGCAGUCAAUGAUAGAGGCAGAAGAAGAAAGGAUAAGGAGAGAGAAAACUGUUCUUGCGACUGUGAGGUCACUUGUUGCGGAUAUGGUGAAGGCAAAACGUGCACAAGCCAACAGCGGCACACUUGAGUCGAGAUUAGUAGAAGCCACGAAAUCAUUAGAUGGAAAUGAUAAAAGUGAAGAUUCUGAACCACGCCAGGCGAGUAGUGCUGAAGAUGUACUGGGAUCGAUGUUUUCUGGUGAGAAAGCAAUUGCACUUGAGACCUUUUUUGUCAUGAUGGGCGUUUUGAUACAACAGGAGAGCGAGAAACUGGAAACAACGGACAAUCAAUCCAGAGUAGACAAUGCCGAGGGAUCUCUUGCAGCCCAAAAUGGUGGUUUCCAACGGGAUUUGAGUGACAUGAGAAGCUUGAAAGCUAACGUGGCGAAGGCAACGAAGCCCAUCAUUUCUUUGUAUUACGAGAGCAGCUGGGAGUAUGCUUAUCUUCAUUAUUCAGUUGAUGGUUCCGCCUGGACGGAGUUACCUGGCGUUUGUAUGCGUAACGGCAUCGUUGUCAAUAGCAUGCCACUGAAGGUUAUAGACGUUGAGGGUGAUUCAAUCGAGUUCGUUUUGACGGACGGAAGAGGCUCUUGGGACUGUCACCCAAGUGGAGGCAACUACCACAUCAGGAGCAGCGGAACAUUUCUACUAUCUUCAGGAAUCAUUGAGCAGAAGAGGUGAUCUAGCAUUCACUACCGAUUGAAACUAUCUGAGAGUAUUAUUCUGUGUAGAUUCCACGUUUCUGGAUUUCAUCUGGAUGGAUAUCUAACAGGCAGGAGUUGUGGAGAUGUGCUCUACUUUUCUUCCACCAGAUUGUGAAUAGUUGCAGCUACCUCAUAGUCUACUGCAUGACGAGUAUGCUGAUAAGGUUGGUGCGCACAUCAGUUGGUGUCUAGAUUAAUGCAGACGAGAUAAACUUGUAGGAUACAAUUUACAAUCUUCUAAUAGAGACACUAACCAGAGGAUCUGUGCUAUUAUUUUCCCUCUGUUAAGUCAUGCUUACUCCUAAAGAUACCAAUACUGAUUUUUUGAUUAAAAUGCAAUUGAUGUGGAUUUUCUAGCUUUGGAUA